CGUUGCAUGCUGGCCCUCGCGAGCAGCGCUGCGGCGUGAGUGCGGCCUAGUUUGUGGAUCGGAGACCCGCCUCACAGGAGAACAUACCGACCGAAUCUGAGAACACGCCGAACUUUCCCGCCGGUGAACUGUGGAGCCUCAGGGAGAGAAGAAGCGCACAGUCCUCUGUUCAGUCAGGUGACCCCAUCCAUACCGGGGUAGGUUGCUAUUGCAAAUAUGUCUUACCCACCGCAUCUGAAUCGACCCCCAAUGGGGAUUCCGACUCUUCCUCCGGGAAUACCUCCUCCACAAUUUCCAGGAUUCCCUCCACCCCCUGGAACUCCAAUGAUUCCUGUACCAAUGAGUUUAAUGGCUCCAGGACCAACUGUUUUACUACCUACAGUAUCUAUGGUUGGAAAACAUCUCGGGCCUCGGAAGGAUCUGAUGGGUCUUAAGAACAAAGAAAAUGAUGAGAACAGCGGACCAACAACCACUGUUUUUGUUGGCAAUAUUUCUGAGAAAGCCUCUGAUAUGCUUAUCAGACAACUUUUAGCAAAAUGCGGCUUGGUUUUAAGCUGGAAACGUGUGCAAGGAGCAUCUGGGAAGCUUCAAGGUAAGUGUGCUUUUGGGUUUUGUGAGUAUAAGGAACCUGAAUCCACUCUUCGAGCAUUACGUUUGCUUCAUGACCUGCAGAUUGGGGAGAAGAAGCUUCUUGUGAAGGUCGAUGCCAAGACAAAAGCCCAGUUGGAUGAGUGGAAAGCAAGCAGGCGUGCUUCCAACGGGACUGCCCGGCCUGAAUCAACAGCAGAGGAAGAUGAUGACCUUGAUGAAGAAACAAAAAGACGAGAUGGAGUCAUUAAAGGUGCAAUUGAACUCUUAAUAAAAGAGUACUCCAGUGAGCUAAAUGCCCCUUCUCUGGACGCUGACUCGCAUGCCAAAAAGAAAAGAAAGGACAAGAAAGAAGAAAUCUCGGUGGGCGGAGCCAUCUCUCUUCUGUCUACAGUCCUGGAUGAUAACUGGAAAAGGGGUUAUCAGCAAGAAGACAUUAGUGCAAUAGAAAUGGAGGAAGAUAAAAGAGACCUUAUAUCUCGUGAGAUCAGUAAAUUCAGAGAUACACACAAGAAACUGGAGGAAGAAAAGGGCAAAAAGGAAAAGGAGAGGAUAGAAAUUGAGAAAGAGAGGCGCGAAAGAGAGCGAGAACGGGAACGAGAAAGGAGAGAACGGGAAAGGGAAAGAGAUAAAGAACGUGAGCGAGAGCGUGAGAAGGAGAAAGAGCGAGAGCGUGAACGAGAUCGUGAUAGGAAUAAAGACCGAGAAAGAGACAGAGAUCGUGAUAGAGAACGAGAUCGCGAAAAGGAGAGAGAACGAGCAAGAGAGCACAGUAAAGACAGAAGCCGAUCAAGAGAGAAAAGCAGAGACCGGGAGAGAGAGAGAGAAAGGGAGCGUGAAAGAGAGAGAGAACGAGAUAGAGAUAGAGACAAAGAGAAGAAGCGAGACAGAGAAGAAGAUGAAGAGGAAGCCUAUGAACGCCGAAAACUGGAAAGAAAGUUGCGUGAAAAGGAAGCUGAAUAUCAAGAGCGUCUCAAAAACUGGGAAAUCAGAGAGCGGAAAAAAGCCAGAGAUUAUGAGAAAGACGCAGAAAGGGAGGAGGAAAGACGGAGGGACGUGGCAAAAGAAGCCAAAAGGUUGAAGGAAUUUUUGGAAGAUUAUGACGACGACCGAGAUGACCCAAAGUAUUACAGAGGGAGUGCACUCCAGAAGCGAUUAAGGGACAGGGAAAAGGAGAUUGAAGCAGAUGAACGGGAUAGAAAACGAGAGAAAGAAGAACUUGAGGAAAUCAGACAGAGGUUAUUGGCUGAAGGACACCCAGACCCAGAUGCUGAACUUCAAAGGAUGGAACAAGAGGCAGAAAGGCGACGACAGCCACCACCACAGAUUAAGCCUCAGCCAGAAUCUGAAGAGGAGGAGGAGGAAAAACCUGUAAGAGAAGUAAAAGUUGAGGAACCAGUUGAAGAGGAGGAGGAGCCUGAACCAAAGCCUUGCCUUAAGCCCACCAUGAGGCCUAUUAGCUCUGCCCCAUCUGUCUCAUCUGGUAGUGGACAUGCAACCCCCAAUUCUCCAGGGGAUGAGUCUCCAUGUGGAAUCAUUAUUCCACAUGAAAAUUCACCAGAGCAACAGCCACAAGAGGAGUACCGGCCAAAAAUAGGUCUGAGCCUCAAAUUGGGAGCCUCCAGUAGUCCGAGUCAACCAAACGUUGCAAAAAGGAAGAAACUGCCAGUAGACAGUGUAUUUAAUAAAUUUGAGGAUGAAGAUAGCGAUGAGGUGCCAAGAAAAAGAAAACUGGUUCCACUGGAUUAUGGCGAUGAUGACAAAUCUUCAGCCAAAAAUAAUGUGAACACAGAAGAGAAACGCAAACAUAUCAAGAGUCUUAUUGAAAAAAUACCUACAGCUAAACCAGAGCUGUUUGCUUAUCCUUUGGACUGGUCUAUUGUAGACACUACAUUAAUGGAGCGAAGAAUUAGGCCCUGGAUUAAUAAGAAAAUCAUAGAGUACAUUGGUGAAGAAGAAGCCACGCUUGUUGAUUUUGUAUGUUCGAAGGUAAUGGCGCACAGCUCUCCACAAAGUAUAUUGGACGAUGUUGCAAUGGUCCUCGAUGAAGAAGCUGAAGUAUUCAUAGUGAAAAUGUGGCGGUUACUAAUUUAUGAAACGGAGGCAAAGAAAAUCGGUCUUGUGAAGUAAAACCUUGCCAAAGUGUAUUGGGUACCAUCCAACCUUUGCUGUUAGGGCCUACAAAACAUUGAACAGUAUAUUGCAGUCCCAGAUUCCAGCAAGGUCAUUCAUACUUUCCAAAGUGAUCAGACAUAUGUUUGUUUUUAUUUGUAGGGAUUGUGAUUUUGUUUUCUCUUUCUCUAGAGUCUCAGCUUUCUCCUAACUAAAGUUAUCUGCAACCACAGAAUAGGUGCACAAAGUAAACCAGUGUCUUACUGGUACGGUUUAAAAUAUUCAGCUGCUGUACAAUGGUCUCUGGUAACAAUGUUUGUCCAUACUCUUGUACAUAUUAAAAUACCCAAUUUUUGCAAUUUGUUUGCACUCAUAUACCUAUUGGAUAACAGCAGGAUGAAUGGCUGAUCUUGUAAAUUUCGGUUUACAAAGUCAGUGUCUACUUUUUUGUUUUCUAUAUUUAUUGCUGCAAAAUUACCUACAUUUAUUUUCUGUACAAAUGGGCAUGGCUGGCUGGUUACCUGGCAAUAUUUUUUCCGUAUUGUGCUGUAAAUAUUUUUCUUAUGGUCCCAUAUCUGAAAGGGAGACAACGCUUUUAUAUGUAAUUCCUCAUGGGAGCUCCUAUUUCCUGCUAUUGAGUAACCCCAUCUCCUGCCUUCCCACCUUUUGAUUUGAGUAAGCCAUAUCCCAUAUAAAAAGCUGAGUUCCUAUUUGGCAGGCCCUAUCAUAUUGCACCUUUUUGAAAGCGUGACAAGUGGCUGCAACAUCCUUCUCUUGUCAGUGCUAAUGUUUUUUAGUCUUUUUUUUUUUUUUAUUGUCCAUUAUUUAAUAAACUCCUGCACUGGCUAACUGCAGUCUAAAAACAUGCUGUCCAACAAUAAAACUUUUUUUUUUAAUGUAUGUUCUCAUCCUGCAGCAAUUUAACAUUUGAGGGGAUUGCAUUGAUCUACUUUUAAUACUUGUGUAAGGAGUGUGAUUCAAGUAUAUCAGCAAUAAUUGCUGAACACAUAAGCACAUUUCUAAGUUUUCAGCAAGGCCAUAAAUCCAGCACAUGGUUGAAAUGUAUAAAACCUUUAAAACACUGGCAUUAUACGUUUAUGUAUACAAAAAAAAUAACCUACAUGCUUUUGAAUGUAAGUUCAGUGUUGCUCUCCUAGUGAGCAAUAGUGUCUGUUGAAGAACACACAUAACUGCUUAUCUUUGUCAUGAUAUAUACUAGGGGUUGCACUCAGUUAUUCCCAUCCACUCAGAACUAAAUCUUGGUGUAGCUUUGUGUAGGGUUAAUAUACAUCUGACCAAUAUUUAUUCACCAUUGGGACUGAUUAACAAAUGAACAUGACCUGCUGUUUUUGUAAACUGCUGCGAUAACAGUCUAUUCUGUAUUUAAGGCAUCGGUUUGUCUGAAAUGUUGAAGCUGUGAUCUAUGAUUGCCAGAUACCUUGCAUUUGCAAACUGUGUUAAGCCAUCAAAGGCUCGCUCUGUAAAUAAUUCAAACAUUAAAGUGUAUAUAUUUGA